AUGUCUUCCCCGGGAUUUCCUCGCGACCCGGUCGAUGACGAUCCUAAGGCCUCCAUAGGUGGACCCAAGACUACCGCGGACUCUUCCCAACGAGCCAAAUCGCAACGAGACGCGCUCGUGUCGCUCAACAACGUGGUUAGAAAGCUAAUCCUGGAGCGAAACGGCAUCGAAAAUGAGAUAGUUCGCCAGCGUGCGGUGCUCGCUGACCAGGUUGCACGUCUCUCCGCCACCGACGAGAAUAUCGAGAGCCUCCAGAAAGUAUGGGAAGAUAUGGCAGCCGGCUUCGGAUUGCAGUCCAAGAAAUAA